AUGACCCAAAACUCGUGCUGUGUACCUGGGUGCCUAGUGACCAGUAAAGAUGGUGUGCCUUUACACUGCUUCCCCAAUCCAGAUACUGAUGCUGUGAGAUUUCAAACUUGGGUCUCCAAUGUAGGGCUUGAUGUACUGCAAUUUGAUAAUGAUACUAUCCGCAAAAAGAAACGAGUUUGCCACAAGCACUUCAAAAGCAUAUAUCAUUAUACAAAGAACCGACUGUGCAGAUUGGCAACCCCAGAACUGCAGAUGCCAGCCAUGCAGACACCGACCUCCGUUAAAGUAGUAAUUACUGACGAGCAAACAACAUCUACUUCGACUGACCUCCAAUCUGAAAAACUGAUAUUUGCAAGAAAAUAUAUAAUACUUAAACAG